ACAUUCGUGAUGGAGGCGGAGGGCAGUAAUAUAUCGUUGUGGGUCUGCCGAGAGGAGAAACUUGUCUUCGGCUUGUCAAAGCGCACAACCUGCGCUGAUGUUGUCAAAGUGCUUCUGGAGGACCAGAACUCACAGCAUGACCUCUCCUCAGCUGCAUGCCCACAGUCGUACUGCAUCGUGGAGAAAUGGAGAGGUUUCGAGAGGAUUUUACCCAACAAAACAAAGCUGUUGCGCCUUUGGCUCGCGUGGGGAGAGGAGCAGAGGAACGUGAAGUUCGUGUUGGUGAAAAGCGAGGCGUCUUUGGCGAAGCACGGAGCCCGGAGCGCGGAGGCGCGUGUGGUGCUCAGCAAACACAGCCCCUGUGUUACCAAUGGGACUGCAAGGUCUCCCACGGGUGGCAUCCCACCCGAGAAACAGCGUCGGGUCGUCAGGAAAGCGUUCAGAAAGUUGGAGAAGAUUAAAAGAAAGAAAGUGAAGAGAAACGCGUCCUCUGCGGAAAAGAUGGAAACUUUGGUCCAUGUUGUGAUUUCUCAGGAUCAUACAAUCCGCCAGCAAAUCCAGAGGAUUACCGAGCUGGACGCGGACAUCGAUAUGUGCGAGGCAAAGGUGCAUUUUGACCGAAUUCAAAGACACGGGGUCAAUUAUGUACAAGACACGUAUUCAGUGGAUGCUGCUGCGGCUCCCAGUCGAGAUGGAGACAAAGUGUGUUCGGCUGAAACUCUCGCCAACUUUGAAGAUUAUGUCCGGCAGUGUGAGGAGGUGGUUCGACUACAAGAGGAGCUGUGGGAGCAGGAAGCGCUCAUAGAUAUGCUCGCGGUGCAGGUGCAGGAGGAGCUGAACUGCCGCUGGAUGCAGCGGAGCAAAGAGCCGCUGCAGAGCAAAGACACAGAGCCCGGUGAGGGCGCACCAUCCCCGACCAGCACCGAGGCAGACACGGCGUCAGAAAAGGAGCUGUUUUGGGAAGAAGAGAGGAUCAGAACACAACUAGAGGCGAGUUUAUACAUCGGUCUGCGCCUCAACACGGAUUUAGAAGCUAUUAGGAGCGAUUUAGAGCUGACCCAGGAGAUUUGCGGAGCGAGGGAGAAGGAGAUGAGGGAUUUGCUGGAGAAAGUAAACACUUUGGAUAAAGAGGAUGGGACAGUCAGUGAGGAGAGAUGGGGCCACGGGACAGAUGAUAAGAUGGGGAUGACGAGCACUUUGGAGAGGAAAGGCGAGUGGGUGGAGCAGGCCAGGGGUCUGUCCAAAGCUCACAGUGUGAACGACGACGACUCAGACACUGGUUUAAGUUCUCUGCACAGUCAGGACUCAGACAGCCACCAUGUGUGGCAGUCACUGGUUUAG